AUGCGCAGCAGCGCGUACCAGGUGACGAAGGCCGCGUGGCACGCCGCCGCCAAGCCGAACAGUGCUGCUAUGGUGACUGCUACGAGCUCGGCUGCUGGCAAGCAGGCCGUGGAGGAGCUGGAGGUCUACUUGCGUGCCAUGAAGACGGCACAGCGUCGGUGGGCGCGCGAGAUCGUCGCCCAUGAGACGCACGUGCGGCGCUUGAUGAUUGUGGAGGAGCACUGCCGGGAGCGGCUGAAGCAGCAGGUGCUCAAGGGAACCCGUGAGCACCUCAAGUACCUCACGAACACGGACCUGAUGGCAGCCUCCCAGCUUGUCUCGCCUCCGUCGGUGGACGUCUUCCUUGCUUACGGCAUCCUGCCAGAGCAGGUGAGCGGGUUCACGGUGUACGUCAUGGGCUGUCUCGCGGCGGACCCGAACCGGCUCGAUGUGCCCCUCCCCGUCCUCAUCGCGGACCUCUCCAGUACCUGGGCCAUCGUGCCGCCACGCAAGAAGGAGGCAUACAACGAGCUUGCCGCCAUCUUCCGAGCUCACCUACCGCCGCGUGCCGCCGACGUGGAGGGCAAAGACGCUCGGGCGCCCGAAGGGACAACCGCCGUGGCCAAACUCAAAGUUGGCGGGACGCUAAAGGCAACUCGAAGGAGCGCAGCAUCCGGCGACGCUGGUGUACGGGUGCGCACCCAUGCACCGCUGCCUCGGCAUGGUCGUGGACUUCUGCCCAAGCCUUCAGCGGCGGCGACAGGCAAGAGUCCGGUACCCCGGGUGCUCCGCUCCGCCGGCAAGCAACUCCAAGUGGGACGUAGGACAACGACGGCAUCAACGAGUGCACCGGUGUCCCCAUUGGCGUCGCUGUCAUCGCCUACGGCUGCAGCCACACAGCCCUCCACUCCGCCGAGAAGUGCGACGCGCGAGCAGAGGACGUCAAAGACCGCGGCAUGUGUCAACAACCGCGCUGGCAGUAGUGUCAUCUCCCGCUCUCAAUUCCUGCCCGUGGGGUCGUCACCCCGACCGCGGCGUCAGCCCGCUCUUCGUGCAGGUGACAGGGCUGCCGUGGCUGCUCUGACGGAGGAGCUUCAGCUGCCUGACGCCGAGCGGGACGCCUUCUGCAGAUUUGCCGAGGCCGGCCUGCACGAGAUGGAGAUGACCUUAAACUUGCCGUUUGUGUUGCACAACAGUGACCACAGCAGUGGCAGCUCAAAGGCGAAGAGGUCGGCCAAGACGCAGCCGCGCGGCGUGCAGCUCCUCGUGAAGGAGUGGCUGCCCAUCGCGGCGGAGGAGUGGGCGCGCAAGACACGGCGACAGAAGGGCUUCUACAUGCGAGGCUAG